AUGCAACGACCGGGGCCCCCACCUCGCUUCCCGUCGUCAAGCGCGGCGAGGAACCGACAGACGCGCCUGUCGUCCCUCACGAUGCCAAAGGACGCGUCUACCAGCGACGCCAACCGCCCGCGGCGCUCGUCUGCCUCCGGUCUGGCGCCAGGACAGAAGGCCCAGCGUACCUCGAAGACCUCGCAGAAGCUCGUCGUGCUGCCCUCUGCACCGCAAACAAAACCUCUGGCACCCGAAGAAGUCGAUGACCCGACAUUUGGUUACGAAACCGACGCGGGCGUGCGCGAGUACAAGAGCGAAGCGGAGCGCAUGUCGAAGGAGGAGCGCAAGAAGGCGGGCUUCAAGCGGAUUACGGCCUACUGCGUCGCAGAGGGGUUCAGGAUGAAGCACCUGUCGUCGUAUCUCACGCGUGAGCAUAAUGUCGCGCCGCGCGCGUUCGAUGAGGCGUUGUAUGUGAUGUAUCACCUUCCCCUCCUUCCUGGGUAUGGGCCGAAUUCGAAUAUUCGCUCGUCCGCGCCACCGCCGAAGCGCGAGGGCAGGAUAUCCGUGCGACUGUCAGAAGCAGAGGAGAAUGGCUACCAGGGCACAUACUUCACGUCGCACCCUGUCGAAUCUCCGCCCUCGGAGACCUUCCUCACGCCGGAUGAAUCACCUGGCAGUAAUGGCGCUAGCUCCGAGGACGAGACGGACGACUCAACAGCAACACCGAGAGCGCGCCGAUCACCCGCCCCUCGGGUGCAAUCACCCACCACCGAAGAAGUCCCUCACCACGACACCGAGCACCACGACGCCGGCGAUAUCGCGGAAGCCAUUUUCUUCGAAUACGGCGUCGUCGUCUUCUUCGGCUUCACCGAGGACCAGGAGCAGAGCAUCCUCGACGACAUUGCGAACGUCUCUGUGUACAAGCGCCCCUUCGUCACCGACGACUUCGAAAUCGAGGAAUGUCACUACACCGUCGACCCGCACAUUCCCUUUCCGCGCAUCUACAACGAUUUCUUCACGCUGAAGUCGCACUCGCACCUGCUCAAGCUCUCGAUCGCGCACGCGCUCGCGCAGUCGACGCUCCUGGCGCGCUUUGAGACGGUGGCGCAGCGCGUGCUGUCGUCGCCGCAGACGCUGUCCAUCCCGAAGCAGCUCGCGAUGUCGGGAAAAUUGAAGAUGAAGCGGCAUGAGGCGCUGAAGUUGACGGGGCGCCUCUUCCGCUUGCGGCGCGAUGUCAACCUAGUUAGCAAUGUCCUCGAUGUCCCUGAGCUCUUCUGGAGCGAGGCAAGCUUGAAGGAGCUGUACGAUGCGGUGCGGGAGUACAUGGAGCUUGGCCCACGCGUGCAGGUCAUCAACGAGAAGCUCAUGAUGGCAAGCGACUUCUUGGACGCAAUCCACGACCACCUGAACAACUCGGCUAUGGAACGCAUCACUUGGAUUGUCAUUUGGUUGAUUGUCGUCGCUAUACUGGUUGACCUGGGAGAGGUCGUCGCCCGCCUCAUCUUCCACGCUACCAUGGACGACAAGACAGCGUCGCUGGCAGUCGUGAACAGGACUUUACCGGACAGGGAGGAAGUCCUGCAGACCUUAUACCGCAUGAUGGACCAGUCGUGA